AUGGCGCGCUACACGGUGGCUUUCCAGGGUGAAAGUGGUGCGUACAGCGAGCAAGCAGUUUACGAGCUGCUCGGAAGAACCGGAAUACAGUGUACGGGCUAUCCUUCUUUCGACGAUGCGUUCACUGCGGUCAGCACUGGGAAGAUGAAUCUUCUCAUGGUUCCCAUUGAGAACACCCUCGGUGGCACCAUACAUGCCAACUGCGACCUGCAGCUUCAACACAACUUGUUCAUCAUCGCCGAACACAGCUUACGAGUCCGGCACGCGCUCCUGGCUCUGCCUGGCACCAAGAAGGAAAGCUUGGCAAAGGCAAUCAGCCAUCCGCAGGCCUUGGCCCAGUGCAGCUCCUACUUGAAGAAGCAAGGAAUUGUGGCAGAGGCAGCAUAUGACACUGCUGGCAGCGCAAAGCUCAUCGCUGAAGGCAAGUUGGAGGGAGUGGCGGCCAUCUGUAGCGAACUGGCAGCAGAGCACUACGGCCUCGAAGUCCUGGACAAGGGAGUUGAAGACGAUGACAACAACUUCACACGGUUUCUGCUGCUGCGAUCAGAGCCAGUCUCGGUUCCUCCGGGCGUGAAAUGCAAGACAUCUGUUGUCUUCUCCUUGGAGAACAUGGCAGGCUCCCUGUUCAAAGCCCUGUCGGUCUUCGCUCUGCGGGAGAUUGAUCUGACGAAGAUCGAGAGCCGGCCUUGCAAGCCGGACAUCAUGUCGAGCCUUGAGCGCCUGUACAUGAGUAUGCGCGUGGCCCCGCCUGCAAAGCGGGCAAGGACAGAGGGCUCGGCAGGCGAGGCCCGCUUCCGCUAUCUCUUUUACGUGGACUUCCUGGCCAAUGUGGAUGAGCACAACGUCACGAACGCGCUGCGGCACUUGCAGGAGAUGACCGUGUUCUUCAGAGUGUUGGGAUCCUUCCCGCAGGGCGGGGCCCGUGUCGGCCUGGCACACCUGGAAGACCGGAUGGUUCCGAUUUUCCGUCCAGCCACCGAGCCAAAGAAACGCAUCGGGGUCCUGGGCUUCGGCACCUUCGGUCAGUUCAUCGGAAAGAAGCUAGCGCUGGACCAUUUCGUGUUUGCAGCCAGCCGGGAGAAUUACUCCGCAAUUGCAGCAAACUGUGGAGUGACUUGGUGUGAUUCAAUAGAUCAACUCCUGGAUCAGCAGCUCGACGUGCUCAUUAUUUCUGUGAGCAUUCUGAGCUUUGAGGGUAUGGUCCGUCGGAUAUGUAACUGCAUUGCCUCCAAAGACGCUGCUCAUGCGUCUCGGAAGAUGCUGGUAGUAGACGUGCUCUCAGUGAAGGUGCAUGCAAAGACAACCCUGGCGGCCCUUCUGCCAGAAACCUGCGACAUUUUGUGCACGCAUCCGAUGUUCGGUCCACAAAGUGGCAAGCACGGCUGGAGCGGAUUGCCCUUCGUUUUCGAGCGAGUGAGGCUCAACAAUGCCAGGAGGUGUGAGGAGUUCCUCAAGUGGUGGACAAGUCAAGGAUGCCGGAUGGUGGAUAUGACGUGCGAGCUGCAUGACGAAGUGGCCGCCGGCAGCCAAUUCGUCACGCAUUUCACUGGCCGGGUGCUGGAACGCCUUGCCUUAAGCAGCGGGCCCAUCAAUACGAAGGGUUUCGAGUCCUUACUUCAGCUGGUGGAGAACACAUCCAGAGACAGCUUUGACCUCUUCUACGCGCUCUUCAAGUUCAACCCGAACUCAUCCCAACAGCUGAGUUCGAUGGAGCAAGCCGUGCAGGACCUGCUCGUGCGAAGCGUGCGGCCGAGGGCUUUUGUGGCUUCAGAGGUGUCCUUGGGUGGAUCGGAUGGCUUGGGUCGACAUUUGGUCACUAUGGCUGACAAAUCUGGAGGGUCCAUUGCAAGUUCUCCGAUGAAAAAGCCGGGCAUGGGAUGCGUAUUGGGCAUGAUUGUCAUGGGUCCGGCCUCGGACUACAUUGGACGCCGCUUGGGUCUUAUACUCUGUGCCAUGGCCUGGAAUGAGAAUGCACUUAUCGCGGCCCGCAUCAUCACCGGACUCGGCAUGGGUGGGGAAUCUCCGCUUGCUGCUGCACCCUCUGCGGAGUGUUCGGAAAAGACGAGCGAUGGUGCUCGAAACGUUGCCCUGCUGUACCUCUUCGGAUGA